AUGUCGGCUGCUAUGGAUCGUGCCAUGAUGGCGAUGUCGAUAGAAGAAGAGGAUGUGCCGGUCGAGAUUCCGAAUCGACCAGAGUACAAUUCCAAGGAGAUGGGGAAAGCUGGUAGAAUCCGAGGAGUGGUGGUGUCUAAUGAGAGAUUCCAGUUUUUUUUCAAGACGGAACACGACCUCGAAGAAAUCUUGGAGAAAGGAGUCCAAACUUCUAAUGAAUGGGCUGUAGCUAUGGAGAGAUGGGUUGAGAAGGAGCCAGUGGGGUUUCUUCAGUUUGUGCCUAUUUGGGAUCAGAUUAGGAAUCUCCCUCCUAACUACUACAGGUCUCAAACAAUUUGGGACAUAGGUGAUGUUUUGGGAAAGGUUCAGGAGAUCGCCUUUGAUGAAAGCAAGAAUCAGUCUCACCCGUAUGUGAGAAUUAAGGUGAUCUUUGAUGUAGCUAGACCUCUCCGGAAAACCAAACUGGUGAAUUUACCUGAUGGAGAGCAGAAGAUAGUAACUUUCUUCUAUGAGAAAAUUCAGAAGAGGUGUUACAAUUGUCAGAGAUUGAAUCAUGAAAAGGAUGUUUGCCCCUUGAUAAUCAGAGAAAGACAAGAUAAAGCGGCGAUUAGAAAGGAGAAGUAUCUCGCAGCAAAAAGAGAGGCAGAGCUGAUUCUGGCCCCGGAUGAUCCCCUGUUUGGUGUUCUUAAGGAAGAUCAAGUUGGGGUUAAUCCACUCACGGGAAGACCAAAGAUAGAUCCGGCUGUUCUGGAAGAUAUGAGAUACUAUUGGUAG